AUCCCCGGCUCCGCUAGUUCAUGUCGAUGUGCCCUUGGGCAAGGCAUUAAAAUCACACACACAAAAAUCUAAAAAAUUCCUCACAAAUCCCACUCCACUUAAUUCUGUGAUUUAUAAAAAAUAUAAAAAUAAAUGUAAUCAUUUGCUAAGGAUACCUGAGAAAAUGCACCUUUCCAAUAAAUUCAAACUCAUCAGACUCUAGCUCCACCUGGAACAUUUCAAUCAACUUCUUAACUAAAAGUCUAGUGCACCACUUCCACCUCAGUUCAAGGAUGGUAAACAGAUGUGUAAUGACUCUGAUGUGAUUGUAAAUUAACUUUAAAUAACUGAGAGGAAAGAACAAAAUGUGCUUCUGUUUCCCCGUGUGAGAUCAGAGGGAUUAUAAUCUGCCUCGAGUCAAGUGGCAGAAUAAAUAACACCAACUAGGAUUGCUGGACAGCCUCUCCGUCCCUCCUCCUCCUCCUCCUCCUCCUCCUCCUCCUCUCUCAUGCAGGCUUCCUUUAUGUGGUUGGAUGCAUACAUCCGUUCUGUUGUGGAGGAACUGAACAGUUUUUUGUUGUUUUCCUGCGUCUCCAACACCGGAAACCACCAGAAGUGUCUUCAGCUUCGAGCCCCAGGAAGCCCUUCAACACUCCCCACCUCUGACGGCUCAGAGGAAGGGGGUUUGGGAUCUUUCCCACUGGAAUGGCAGAAGAGAGGAAAAGGAGAGGGUGAAACAUGUGCUAAAUAUUUUGACUCUCAACUCUUGGCACAGCGACACUCCAUCAGAUUUGAGUCUGGAGGACUCUCCGGAUGCCUUGCUAUAGGUCUUGAGAGGACAUGCAGCACCUUCCACACUGGGCAGAGAAGAAACAGAUGGAGAGAGUCAGUGACAGUCAAGGACAACCUCAGAGAAGCCAAUGAGACACUUGUUGGACGAAAAAGCCCAGAGAAGCAUGUAGACCCUAAGAUUCCCUCAAAGUCGGUCCAACUACGAAGGAACUUCAACGAGACUCGCCCCAUGAGUUGUCCAGUGUGCAGGCUGUUUCCAAAGACACUCAAGUCAAGGUUAGCACACAUCCAAACAGUUUACAUGCACAAAGCCAACCCAACACAGACACCUUUGACAAUAAAUUAAAUGAUCCAUCGGACACUCAGGAAGUGAAAUUGCGUGCACAAGCUGAAAAAAAAUCAAUCCCAUCAGAAUGAAUGAAUCGACAGACUCAGAAUCUCACACAAUACGUCUAAAUACCACCGAGGUCGAGAUAGAGAAGACAGACGUAGAAAUAUGUAACGUUCAGGACCCAGAGAAUCUUGAAUUACUCAUAACUUACUCUGUAAAAGAAAACACAAGCUUGCAUGGAUGCGAUAGCGACCGUAAUGAUCGGAAAGACCACAGGCGUAUAAUCAAUGAAGACAAAGUCAUACAGGCGAAGGACAAAAGGGACUUGUACCCAAGUGUGAGGACACAUUGUAAUGAAAAUCAUCACAAAGUAGUGAGUACCUGGAAAGACAACACAUUCAUAGCUGAUACACAUUUAAUUGACCUAUUAAAUGCACAAAUACCUGCCAGUAUUGGAAUGAGAGAACAUUUGAAAUCGGAGUCAAAUUGCACAGACCCGAAGUUAAAGACAGAUAUCGUUGUAGGAAGUCCAAACAUCACAAAGGCACAUCAUGCAAAUAGAAACAGAGACGCACUAGAUGCAGUCGGUAUACUGUCACACAAGUUGGAUAUUAGCUGUUCACAAACUCUGAGUCAAGACGGCUCCAACCAAGGCCUGACGGAGACUCUCCCUCAGGUUUCUACUAUAGAUAGAAAGCCCGAGGGUGAGGAACGGGUGUCGGGUGUCUUCUUCCAGGAGGAGCAGUUUGGGCGUGUUUGUACUUCCUCCAUUACAUUUUCCACAAAGACCACAGACUCUUUUCCAUUGGGUCCCUGCUGUACCGGGCUGACUGUGAGUCCAAAGGGGUCUACACUAUCCUCACCGGUCCGGUUGUCUGACUCAGACAGGGAGGAGCUCACCGACGGGCAACCGGAUCAAAAACGACCUCAGGUAGCAAGGUCACAAUCCUGGCAAGUUGCAGCUCUGACCCAUGAUAUAACACCUACUCACUUAGAUCAGGGGGGUGCUGUGAUUAGAACACCACUCAAUUCUAUGGAUAUGCUUUUGGAGGGGGCCCAGUCAGGUUCUGUAGAACGAGGAACUGAUUCAACUCAAAUCCAGUCUGACUCUGGUGAUGAUUCUGAGGAACGUCUGCUUCAUCACCUCAAAUGCUCAAAUAAUCUGCUUGUUUUUUCUGGCAAACAAAAAGCAGAGGAUACAUCCACUCUAUUGUCAGAGAGCUGUAUAGAAGAGAGGAGGAGGGAAGGGUCCCCCUGCUGCUCUCUUUUUUGGCAAAACAAGCAGCAGGGGGUGGAGAGUAGUCGUGUUCAUCAUGACCAGAAGUCCAUUCAGGACAGUAGCAGAGAAAACCCAGACAUAGCUCAAAAAGCCAUUUCCCAGAAAAACAAAAAAACUGAUGUCAGCAAAAUUUCUAGUCAUUGUAAGCAAGUUCAGCUCGUACUAAAAAUCCCUGAACUGCCUUGUGGCCUGAACGCCUCUUUGUCAAAUGGGACCAGUGACCCCUCGGAAGAUAUAGAUAAGUCCCAGGAAAAUUCGGAGGGGAUCCCGUCUACACUGAAUCAACAACCCAACUGGAUUAGUGAGGACGCUGAAUCCGUUCCUGGGAAAAACCUUGAUAGCUACAGCCAUUUAAGCCUGGCUCAUUCCCAUGAGCUCGAAAAACUCCAGCGAAAAAACAAUAAUGAGGAUAACAACGUCGUGAUUCUAAAGUUCAAGUGCUCUAAUUCAGAAAGAAAUGAGGGCCUUCAACCCUUCGUGUUAUGUUCAGAGAGCAGAGGGCUAUUAAUGAACAGUACCUUCAGAAAAGGACUCUAUUGUAGCCAACUAGGGGCUCACAGCUUACUGAACAGAAGAAGACGCAGCCUAUACAAAUCACUUGAGGAAUAUAUGGCUGAGGAGUGUAGAGUUCACACACAGGUCCGAUUGCCAGCUCCACAGCACGAGGUGAGGGUAGUAAGGUACUCAGACCCCGAUGUCAGCCUCAACCUGCUUGCUGUCAGUAGUUUAGAGCCAAUUUUGGAGGCUGAGCGUUCACCAGAAAAGCAUGGCACAACAGAGGAUGUUUUCAAAAUAGAAAAACAGAAAGAAUAUGAUGUUAUAAGGCCCCCUGAGAGAGUUGUGGAUCUUGCUUUCCUUUCAGGGGACACGUCCAGUCCCAAGAGACCACACCACCUGCCUGAGCAGGAAGAAGCGUCUUUUGAGUUAGAACCCGAGGCGAACCCUUCAACACCUGUUCUAUGUGGUAGUGGAAAAGAGUACUGUAGUCCUAUGAGUGUUACCUAUGGUGCUGUGCCACACACCUCAGCUAUCAGCAACUGCAAUGAGUUACAGAAUCCUCACUUUGCUAUUCCAGCCAGAAAUGCCGACCUUGAAAAUAUGACCAAGAGAUGCAAAACAAAAAGCAACCAGACAGGAAUUAAAGACUCUAAGAUGUCUGUCUUUGCUAAAAUGCCUUAUUUUAGGAAAGCAAAGAGCUCAAAGGAUUCCAAAGGUGAGGAGGUACCCCAGGAGUCAUCCGAUGGGGGAGGUGAGGGCCUUCUGUCUGAGCAAGUGGCAAAGAAGGACAACUCAGAUGUUGAGUCUUUUCUCAAAAAGGACAUCCUCAACCAAACAGUCCACCAAACAUUUUCCUCAUUGGAUUACAAAAUAGAAGAAGAAGACUACGACUUAUCCUCCUCUACUCAUGUCCGUCAGCUCGUCGGCCAAAGGAGUAGUGGGGAGGAUAACGAAGGGCAAUGCCCAGGGAACCCCUUCCUCAAGGAAGUCAAGUCACCUGAUGAACAAACCGACAAGAGGAGCAAGAGCAUUGACAGUUUAAACAUCUGCAUGCGCUUUGCACAAGCACACAAGUCCCUUUCCAGCCUGUUUGAGUCCCGUUUCAUGUACAAGGAUAACGAGGAGCGGGCCACCAAACAAUCCUGGAGGAAGACAAAAAAGGCUCCGGAGGCUGAGCCGCUGAAAAGAACUCUUUCAGCUGGGGAAUAUACAAACUCAGCUUCUGGGCGUGGCUGUCGAGAGAUACCGUCUUCUCCACGCCUGGGCAGUUCAGGGUUACCGUCCUCCCUCAGAGCUCUUCCCCACACUGAUCCCAUCGCCAAGCGGGGAGUUCCACAGGGGAGUAGCAAGGAAAACCCCCAUGGGUGUAAAUCUGAGGGCCAGAGAAGAAAAUGUUCCCCAAGUCAAUCUACCCCACUCUGUGCGUCUGGCCUACCUCCCUUUCUAGAUGACACCGCAGUCCCACAGCCCAAUCACACCAGCCCUGUUUCACCUUUAAGAUGCCACUCACUAUCCACCCUUUCUUAUCCGUUUUCGCCAACCUGGGUCAAGGCACACCCAGCGGCCAGGGAGGGCUUGACGAAGAGCCCCCUACGACCAAUGAGCCCUAAACCUAACAGUCCGAUGCCAGCCGGUCAGCGUACACAUUUUUACUACCCUCUCUCACCAAAGGCCUGUUCAGUCUGUCCUAUUGUUCUGGGCCAGUCGAUCAGCAUGGAGGGAUUAACAGAACCCCCCGAGAGACCCAGGACCCUAAAACCCUCAACUAGCCCUCUAGGCCUCAGCCCUCUGGAAGCAACCGAAGGCAGUAUCAGCUACUCACACAUCAGCCUGUAUGCCAUUGGCUCUAUCAACACAUUAGAGGGUCCACAGCAGCGUGGUCGGACUGUCAGCCUGCCCGGAUCAAGAAGGCCGUUGGAGGAUGAGGGGGCGGCCUCCGAGGGUCUCGGCGGGCCGAGGACCGCCUGCUGGAUGGAUGUGGCCUUCGAUGGCAUCGGUCAGCAGCGAAGACGAUGUUUCUCAGAUGACGUCUGGUUUGAAGAGCAAAAGAAAAACAAACGCAAACUGUCCAGAGCCAUCAGGGGGAGCGUGGGACAACUCAGCACACUGACACCUGAGACUGAUGCAGGAGUCAUCUUGGGGCCCGUUGAGGCGUUCCAGGGGAGGCCCCUCAAAGCCCACUGCUUCUCUCAGAGCACCCCCAUUGGUCUUGACUGCCCGGGCUGGAGAAGACGCGUCUCCUACUCCUCGCUGGUCGUCCCCGACGGGGCGUCAGAGAAGGCGGGGCUUGCGGGCGAGCUGGGCAGCGAGGAGGAUCUGCUCUACGAAGAGUUUCGCGGUUCCGUGCAUCACUUCGGGAACCCGGGAGGAGGCGGAGGAGAGCAGCUGGCCAUCAACGAGCUGAUCAGCGACGGCAGCGUGGUGUACGCCGAGGCCCUCUGGGACCACGUCACCAUGGACGACCAGGAGCUGGGCUUCAAGGCCGGUGACGUCAUCGAAGUAGUGGACGCCACCAACAAGGAGUGGUGGUGGGGUCGCUUCAUGGACAGCGAGGGCUGGUUCCCCGCCAGCUUUGUACGGUUGCGGGUGAACCAGUAUGAGCCCAUGGAGGAGUAUCUGGCCCAUCUGGAGGAGGCUGAGGCUGGAAGGGAGAACCGGGCCGGUCUGGGACCUGGUCUACCCUGCAAAGAACAGAUGAGGACCAACGUCAUCAACGAGAUCAUGAGCACGGAGAGGGACUACAUCAAGCACCUGAAGGACAUCUGCGAGGGUUACAUCAAACAGUGCCGCAAGAGGACCGACAUGUUCACCGAAGAGCAGCUUCACACCAUCUUUGGCAAUAUUGAAGAGAUCUACCGAUUCCAGAGGAAGUUACUGAAAGGCCUGGAGAAGAAAUUCAACCGAGAGCAGCCUUACCUCAGCGAGAUCGGCUGCUGCUUCCUCGAACACCAAACAGAUUUCCAGAUUUAUUCCGAGUAUUGCAACAACCACCCCAACGCUUGCGUCCAGCUCUCUAAACUGGUGAAGGUCAACAAGUACGUGUUCUUCUUCGAAGCCUGCCGACUCCUCCAGAAGAUGAUCGACAUCUCCUUGGACGGCUUCCUGCUGACUCCAGUUCAGAAGAUCUGCAAGUACCCGCUGCAGCUAGCCGAGCUGCUGAAAUACACCAACCCACAGCACAGGGACUACAAAGACGUGGAGGCGGCCUUAAAUGCCAUGAAGAAUGUGGCGAAGCUGAUCAAUGAGAGGAAACGGCGUCUUGAGAACAUUGACAAGAUUGCCCAAUGGCAGAGCUCCAUCGAGGACUGGGAGGGAGAAGACGUCCUUAGCAGAAGCUCUGAUCUGAUCUUUUCGGGAGAGUUGAGCAAGCUGUCCCAGCCUCAGGCCAAGAGCCAACAGAGAAUGUUUUUCCUCUUCGAUCACCAGAUGGUUUACUGCAAAAAGGACCUCCUGCGGCGGGACAUGCUGUACUACAAGGGUCGCAUGGACAUGGAUUACAUGGAGGUGAUAGACGUGGAGGAUGGCAAAGAGAAGGACUUCAACAUCAGCGCGAAAAACGCUCUGAAGCUUCGGGCGCCGGCCGGUGACGGAGUCCACCUCCUGUUUGCCAAGAAGCCGGAGCAGAAACAACGCUGGCUGAGAGCCUUCGCCGACGAGAGGAUCCAGGUCCAGCAUGACCUGGAGACAGGAUUCUCUCUUACAGAGCUCCAAAAGAAACAGGCGAUGCUAAAUGCCUGCAAAAGCCAUCCGGCUGGGAAACCCAAAGCAGUGACCCGACCGUACUGCGACUUCCUCCUGCGCCAGAAGCACCCGGCCCUCCCCGCCGCUCCGCCCCGGCAGCAGGUCUUCAUGCUGGCCGAGCCCAAGCGCAAGACGUCCACCUUCUGGCACAACAUCGGCCGAUUGACACCCUUCAAGAAGUGAAGAGAACGGAAGACGUGGAGCAACCAGAGGAGAAGAAAGAGAGGAGCUCUCGGCUCGUGCCUGAUCGACCCUUUUUAGUCAUCUCGUUUCUUUCCUACGUGUAACAUUGCCCUAAUUGACACAUACUGAUUUAUUGUAUAGAUGACGAUGAUUAUCACGAGGAGGUCGUUUCGUGAAAGCACUUUAUCGGUUGGUUAACAAUCACACUUCAGAAUGGAAAGGUCCUGGAGACGCCGAGUCAAACAGGAAGUGGAUUCUUGCUUGACGACUAGUACUACUACUCAAACUACUCCUACUACCACCACUACUACACCCUCAAGCAAGCGCAGUUGGUAUUAAUCCUUCUGCUGUCAAAGAGCGCAGGACUCCUGAUCAUGCUGCUUCCGUGAAGACGUUGGCCGUCUUACACAAUUGUGUCAUUUAUUUCCACCGUUGAAAAAAAUGUUUUAUGAUUUCACAGAUGCCAAGGGAUCACCGUGUCGGCCACUUUGUUUUAUUUAGUUUGUUUUCAUGUAUGUUUAUGAGGGGAAAAAAGGGACAAACGGGGGGGGGGGGGGGGGUAGUAUACUGAUCUUUUCUCUGUGCAAAUAUAUAAUCGGGAUUCUUUCCUGUUUUGUGAAAUGCACAUGUCAGGAUUUUGGUUUUCUGUACGUCUCUGGCGCCUCUGUGUGUAAAACACUCGACACACGUCAUCAAACGCAAGAAGAAAAAUUCAACCGGCGACACAUUCCUCGAGUCCGAUCCUCGACUCCUUCUACCAUGUCAAUGAAAUUAAACAACCUGUUCUUUCUUUUUUCUUCUUUUUUAAAGUGCCAUUUGAAGUGGGCCGUGAAUGACUUACAACGGCGUGCAUGGAUGUGAUGAAGAAAAUGACUGUGAAAAUGUUUUCUUUUUUUAAUCUCUUGAAGAACCCAUAGCUAUAUUUAACCAAAUUCAGGAUCUGAGGUUUCAUGACAGCAUCACACACCAAUGUUAUGUGAUCUCUCCGUGCUCCCGGUCUCCAGUAUCAUCUGAUCUCAGAUCAGUGACAUCCACCCUGUAAGUGCUCGUUUCCCCUGUUAUCUUCAAAUGAUUUGAGCCUCUGACUACAUGGAAUAUUAAACAUUCCUAAGCUUA